UCUUUCUAUCUUUGUGUCAUUCUUUGGCUUUUUUAGACAGGAUUUUUUUUUCUAUGUAGUCCUGGCUGUGCUGGACUCCUUCUGUAGACCAGGGUGGCCUUGAACUCACAGAGAUCUGCCUGCCUCUGCUUGCUGAGUGUUUGGCUUAAAGGUGAGCACUACCAGUGCUUGUCAAGCCCACAUAGAGUCAUAGAGUCAGUCUUAUUUACUUUUCUGGAGGUGCCAAAAGCAGAAUCAGUUGGGUUGGAGAAUUUACUUCAGAAUUUCUUCCCACACCAAAGAAGAAGUUAGGAACGAUAGGAAAUGUCUUUUAAAGUUUAAAAGACGAGGAUUAGGAAAUGAUCAUGUGAGCUGGGCAGUGGUGAUGCACACCGUUAAUCCCAGCACUUGAGGUAGAGGCAGGGUGCAUCUCUAGGUUUGAGGCCAGCCGAGCACCAGCUAGAGGCCACCUGCAGACUGGAGCGUGUUCCAUGCCAUCCAGGGCUACACGUUGUCUUGAAAAGAAUCUAAUUGAUUAAUUAAAAAGAUGUAUUUAAGAAAGGGCCAAUGAUCGUGUAAGGUGUACGUCAGCAAGUGUUUUUCUCCUGUAAAUUAAAAAAAAAAAAAAAAAAGCGUAUAUAAGCAUAGGACUCUAUGACAGGAGUGUCCAAGGAACAAAAAAAUUGUUUUUUAAGCAAACACGGUUGCUGUCAGCCAGUGACUUACAUAAGCCAAUUUCAUACCUGUUUUCUGUUAAAACUUGAAAGAUGUAUCAAGUCGAGUGUUUUUAAAAACGGGUGCCUUUACUGUUUAUUCACAGGGAGAUCUCACAAUUUCUUUGUUUUAUCAAAUUUUUAUUUUUUAUAUUAAUUACCGUUUAUUCAGUUUGUAUGCCAACUGUAGCCCCCUUCCUCAUUCCCUCCCUCCUCAUCUUCUCCCCUGCCCCUCUCCAAGUCCACUGGUAGUGGAGAUCCUCCUCCCCUUCUAUCUGACCCUAGCUUAUCAGGUCUCAUCAGGACUGGCUGCUUUGUCCUCCUCUGUGGCCUGGCAAAGGCUGUUCUCCAGUCAGGGAGAGGUGGUGAGAGAGCCAGCCACUAAAAUCAUGUCAGACAUAGUGCCUGUUCUCCUUACUAGGGCCCUCACUUGGAUACUGAGCUGCCAUGGGCCACAUCUGAGCAGGGGUUCUAGGUUAUCUCCAUGAAUGGUCCUUGGUUGGAGUAUCAGCCUCAGAAAAGACCCCUGUGCCCUUCUGUUGUUCUCCUUGUGGAGCUCCUGUCCUCUCCAGGUCUCACUAUCUCCCCCUUCUUCCUAAGAUUCCCUGCACUCUGCCCAAAGUCUGGUUAUGAGUCUCAGCGUGUGAUUUUUACACUGCUGUGUAGAGUCUUUUAGAGGCCCUCUGGAGUCGGCUCCUGUUCCUGUUCUCCUUCCCGUGUUCAUCCCGCUUGCCUUUCUGAGUGAGGAUUGAUCAUCUUACCCAGGGCCCUGCGUCUUGCUUAGCUUCUUGAGGUGUACAGAUGUUAGUAUGUUUAUCCUAUAUUAUGGGACUUAUAAGUGAGAAUAUACCGUGUGUGUCUUUCGGCUUCUGGGACACCUCACUGAGGAUGAUGAUCCUUUCUAGAUCCCACCCUUUGCCUGCAAAUGUCACGUUUUCCUCGUUUUUAACUGCUGAAUAGCAUUGCACUGUGUAAAUAUACCACAAUUUCUGCAUCCAUCACUCCGUCCAGGGACCUCUGGGUUGAUUCCAGGUUCUGGCUCUUAUGAAUGAGGCUGCUGGGACCAUGGCUGAGCAAAUGUCCCUGUUGAGCACUUGAGCAUAUUUGGGGUAUAUGCCUAGGAGUGGUCUAGCUGGAUCUUGAGGAAGCGCCUUUCCUGAUUUUCUGAGAAAGCGCCCCAGUGAUUUCCAAAGUGGUUGUACAAGUUUACAUUCCCACCAGCAGUGGAGGAGGGUUCCCCUUUCUCCACAUGCUCUCCAGCAUGUAUUGUGCCUUGCGUUUUUGAUCUUAACCAUUCUGAUGGGUGUAAGGUGUAAUCUCAGGGUCGUUUUGAUUUGCAUUUCCCUGAUGACUAAGGACAUUGAGUAUUUCUUGAAGUGUCCCUCUGCCAUUCUGUCUUCCUCUACGGAGAAGAGAAUUGUCUGUUUAGCUCUGUACCCCACUUUUGGGAUCCAAUAGAAGACGCAGAGAUAAACCCACGGACCUCCCCAAAAUUGACUUUUGGCAAAGAAGCCAAAAAGCACACUAUGGGGGGGGGAGGGAAGACAGCGCCUUAAACGAAUGGUGCUGGUCUACCUGAAUGUCUACCUGUAGAAAAAUGCACAUAGAUCCACAUUUAUCACCCUGCACAGAACUAAAGCCCAGAUGCAUCAAAGAGCCCAACAUAAAACCAGACACACUAAAUCGUUUAGAAGAAAAAGUGGGGGAGAGCCUAGAACUCGCUGGCACAGGAGACAACUUCCUGAACAGCCCAGCAACAGCACAGGCUUACUAAGCUCAACAAUCAAUAAGUGGGACCUCAUGAAACCGACAAGCUUCUGUAAAGCGAAGGACACUGUGGUCAGAACAGAAGGACAGCCUACAGACUGGGAAAGCAUCUUCACCAACCCUACAUCCGAGAGAGGGCUAAUACCCAGAAUAUAUAAAGAACUCAAGAAGCUAAAGAGCACAAAUCGAGCAAUCCAUUUAAAAAUUGGGGUACGGAGCUAAACAGAAUUGCCAUCUGCUUGUGCUCAGACCGGAUUGCCAAGCAGAGUUGGAGAGCAGGGUGGCUGAUGGUGUCAUGUGAGUGUUCCCGCUGCACCUUUCCUCUUUCCCAAGGGCCCUCUUCCAGUCCAGGGCCAGGGCCUUCCAUCCCUUCCAGCCAGGCUGCUUGCGGUGGUGCGCAGGCUAGCUAGCACCCAUCAGUGGCUUGGUGGCCAGUAGGAAAGGCUCUGGGUGUGCACGUUUGUAGGCGCGGUUUACCCCCCGGGGUAAACCGCAUUCUCUUCUGGAUGCUCUCAGAGGAGCUCAUUUGGCCCUGGGAGUCUCGGGGGCUGUGCCCAUUGGUUCCAGCCUCCGCCCCCUGAGUGACGCUACCCCGGGGUUCCCGUGCUCCUCCCUUUCUGCUCCUCCUCCGCCUCUGCCUCCACCUGCUCCUUCUCUUCCUCCUCCAGCACCUCCUCCUGCUCCUGCGAGCUCCAGACGUCCUGCAGCGUUGUGGAUACUUCAGAAAUGGGAGAUCUUUAUAUGGGAUGUGAAGAAGAAGAGUUGGAACCGUGUCAGCAUAAAACUGAAGAAAUUCAAGAUGAAGGUGAAGAUGAAGAUGAUGAGUUGAUCUUUGUUGGAGAGACAUCAGUGUUGAAACCUGACAUUCCAAAUGUUUUGCAGACAUGUCUCCCCAGCUCAUCUUCAGAGGAACAAAAGGGUGACUUACUCAAUCCAGCUAUUUCUAAUAUAUUCAAGACUACAAAUCAACACUACAGAAAUCUAUCACCUAAUGCAAUGGAUGCUUUGCUGAGCUUUGAUCCUGAACCAAAAUCUUCAGAGGCUUCUGAUGAUCAGGCUGUGUCUGACCCUAACUUUUCAAAGACUUCAUCACAAGAUGAUUCAGGUGCUUCUUCCGACUUACCGUUAGACUCAACCAACUAUACACCAUCCUCCGGCAUACCGAAAAAGAGUACAGUAGACACUUCAGAAAUGGCAGAAGUUUUCAUGGGAUGUAAAGAAGAGGUGAAACCAUGUCAGCAUAGAACAGAAGAAAUUCAAAAUGAAGGGGAAGAUGACGAUGAUGAGUUGAUCUUUGUUGGAGAGAUAUCAACUUCCAAACCUGUCAUUUCAAAUAUUUUGAACACACAUCUCCCCAGCUCAUCUACAAAGGGACGAAAGAGUGACUUACUCAAUCCAGCUAUUUCUAAUAUAUUCAAGACUACAAAUCAACACUACAGAAAUCUAUCACCUAAUGCAGUGGAUGCUUUGCCGAGUUUUGAUCCUGAACCAAAAUCUUCAGAGGCUUCUGAUGAUCAGGCUGUGUUUUACCCUAACUUUUCAAAGACUUCAUCACAAGAUGAUUCAGGUACUUCUUCCGACUUACCGUUAGACUCAACCAACUAUACACCAUCCUCCGGCAUACCGAAAAAGAGUACAGUAGACACUUCAGAAAUGGCAGAACAUUUCAUGGGAUGUUGUAAUGAAGAGUUGGAACCAUGUCAGCAUACAACAGAAGAAAUUAAAACUGAAGGGGAAGAUGAAGAUGAUGAGUUGAUCUUUGUGGGAGAGAUAUCAACUUCCAAACCUGACAUUUCAAAUAUUUUGAACAUACGUCUUCCCAGCUCAUCUAUAAAGGGAAGAAAGAGUAACUUACUCAAUCCAGCUAUUUCUAAUAUAUUCAAGACUACAAAUCAACAGUACAGAAAUCCAUCACCUGAUACAGUGGUUGCUUUGCCAAGCUUUGAUCCUGAACCAAAAUCUGCAGAGGCUUCUGAUGAUCAGGCUGUGUCUGACCCUAACUUUUCAAAGACUUCAUCACAAGAUGAUUCAGGUGCUUCUUCCGACUUACCGUUAGACUCAACCAACUAUACACCAUCCUCCGGCAUACCGAAAAAGAGUACAGUAGACACUUCAGAAAUGGCAGAACAUUUCAUGGGAUGUUGUAAUGAAGAGUUGGAACCAUGUCAGCAUACAACAGAAGAAAUUAAAACUGAAGGGGAAGAUGAAGAUGAUGAGUUGAUCUUUGUGGGAGAGAUAUCAACUUCCAAACCUGACAUUUCAAAUAUUUUGAAUGAAGGUCUACCCAGCUCAUCUGCAAAGGGACAAAAGAGUGACUUACUCAAUCCAGCUAUUUCUAGUAUAUUCAAGACUACAAAUCAACAGUACAGAAAUCCAUCACCUGAUACAGUGGUUGCUUUGCCAAGCUUUGAUCCUGAACCAAAAUCUGCAGAGGCUUCUGAUGAUCAGGCUGUGUCUGACCCUAACUUUUCAAAGACUUCAUCACAAGAUGAUUCAGGUGCUUCUUCCGACUUACCGUUAGACUCAACCAACUAUACACCAUCCUCCGGCAUACCGAAAAAGAGUACAGGUAUCAAUCAAACUUCAUUAGGAUUAAAACAUCCUUCCACUUCCGAAGUAAACAGUGUUAAUCCAAAAAAGCCAAAGACCGAUGCAAGUGUUUCCAAAACAAGUCCUUUGUCUUCAUCAUCUUUACUUACGUCCCCUUCAGAGCCUUCUCCCCAGGCUGUAGAGUCAAAUAUAAAUACCUCAUCACUUCAGUCUGAAGCUGGAGACCCUUCACUACAACAUUGUCCAAACUGCCAUGUUAAGUUCAGGUUUUUGGAUCUUUUGAAAUGCCAUAUAAAGCGUUGCUGCCCAGACAUGAUAAACCACUUUCUGGAAACUCUUCAGUCAGACGAUUCAAAGGAUGAAAACAAAGCUAACAUUGGCUCAGAUGAAGGCAAAUUGAUCAUGCUGGUUAGUGACUUUUAUUAUGGAAGACAUGAAGGAGCUAUUGCGGAACACCCGAAGACUCACAGAACCUUUAAAUGCUUCAGGUGCUCAAAAGUUUUUAAAAAUAAUAUUAGGUUCAUGAACCACAUGAAACACCACUUGAAACCUGAGAAACAGAAAAAAGAGACCUGGAAAAGCCGUUCUACAUCUCUUUGCAAAAUCUGUGAAUUGUCAUUUGAAACAGAGCAUAUCUUUUUACAACAUAUGAAGGACACUCAUAAACCUGGUGAAAUGCCCUAUGUUUGCCAGGUUUGCCAGUUUAGAUCAUCAAUAUUUUCUGAUGUGGAAAUUCACUUUAAAUCAUCCCAUGAAAACACUGAGAACUUGCUAUGUCCAUUUUGCCUCAAAGUUAGUAGAAUGGCAACCCCCUAUGUGAAUCAUUGCAUGAGACAUCAGAGAAAAGGAAUUCAUCAUUGCCCAAAAUGCAGACUACAAUUUUUGACCUGCAAGGAGAAAACAGAUCAUAAUUUGGAACACCGUACAUUUAUACAACCUAAAGAACUAGAAGGAUUGCCUUCUGGAACAAAAGUCACUAUUCAGGCUUCACUUGGAUCUGCUCAAUCAAGCUCAUCAAGCCCAUCUUCUAGUUCUAUUCCAAGCAUUUCUCUUGAGGUCUCAGCUCCAAUGUCUAAAAUUACAACUACUGAAAAUAACUCAAAAGUACUUGCAAAUAAGGUUAAGAAAAGUAAGCCUGAGACAAUUUUAAGCACAACUCGUAAGCCCAAGUCAAGUAAGCCAGGUACAGGUAUAACUAAAUCCAAAGCCAAGCCCUCCUACAAGCAAAAGAGACAGCGCACCAGGAAAAGCAAAUUAAGUAUAUAUUUGAAGAAUUUAAGAUGUCACCAGGGAAUUCACACGUGUAUUGAGUGCCAUUCCAAAAUAACAGAUUUUUCAAGCCACUUUUCUACAUUUAUAAAUUGUGAUGUUUGCAAGUAUACCACUAACUGCAACCAAGCCUUUACAAAUCAUACCAUCUCUCAUAAUGACCAACCAAGUAAACAGUUUUAUAUUUCUAAGAAGCAUUCACAAGCCCUCAGGGGCAUCACUCUAGUGUGCCUUAAAUGUGACUUCCUAGCUGGUACUUCUGGCUUAGACCGUAUGGCUAAACACUUAAGUCAACGUAAAACUCAUACUUGCCAAGUUGUCAUAGAGGACGUUACUGAAAGAACCUUAACUCCCGAAUCCACUUCUGACGGCUUGUUGAAAUAGAUUCCUGCUCUAUGGAGCUCGUGCAACCUGGUGCAAGACAAGUUGGAAUUUCCUAAGCUGAAAGUUCUGCAGUGUUUGCGUUCACAAAUCCAGUUUCCUAAGUUGAAAGUUCUGCAGUGUUUUCAUGAAAGCUGUUAAAAUCCAUGACACUCACUGUCAUUAUUCAGCUCUUUUCAGCUUUCAGGUGGCAGUAGAUCGUUACUGUCAGGUUAACAUGUCUGAAUGUGCUGUUGUUUUCCAGUUGGCUCUGGAAAAAGAACUUUAGUUCUGUUGUCUUUCUUACUUUGCUUCAGAUAAUCUGUUUUCUCUGCUGUAGUUGCCUCCAGAAUAUUACAUACAAAUGCUGUAGCUGUUCCUUUUUCUCUUUGUCUGUUUUGUCUGCAUCUUGAUUUCUUACAAGUCUUGCUGCUCAGAUAGCGUUCAUUCUUUGUCGUUGUUCUAUUUUUCAUACUUUUCAGAUACAGAGGCAACACAGAAAUUUCAAAAAUGUCCAGUGGACUCCUGGACAGUGUCCUACUUCGAUGGACACAACUGAUGCCUGUUCUCUCAUUCCAAGGAAUGUGAAUUGUUUGACUGUGAGACCUGUUUCAAUUUGUGGCCUUGGGAAUUUAUCAGUUCUUAGGCAGUGUCCCUGAUAGUCCUUCCAUAAGGCUGAUUUUGAUUUGGCCACAGAUGACUUCAGGGUACACCAAACUAAACACAGCUUCCCACUGGGGGCUUUGGUUCUUAUGUUUAAGCUUUUGAGUUGGCUCUAAUAAUGAAAGCCCAUCAAGUGAAUGCUUUGACAUACGCCAUGUUUAAUCACUUUGGCUACAUAGUCCUUCAAUAUUCCUCACGUAGUCUACAGUGCAAGAAAAGCCUGAUUGUAUAGGGAGUGAGGUUACUGCCAUAUUCUUGGAAAAACAAACGUGAAAAUGUGGCUCCAAAUUAACACUAAUGUAUGUUAUCAUGUAAAGUUUUAGCCAGAAUACCACAAGUUCUCAGCAAUUCUAGUAUUUGAAUUUUUCCUUUUUUUUUUUUUUUUUUUUUUUUUUUUUUGGUUAUGAUUUAGUUCAUUUUAUUUUAUGUGUAUUGGUUGGCCUGCAUGUAUGUCUGGGUGAGGUUGUCUGAUCCCCUGGAACUGGAGUUAGAGUUGUGAGCUGCCAUGUGGUUGCUGGGAAUUGAGCCCCGGUCCCCUGGAAGAGCAGCCAGUCCCUUUAACAUGCAAGCCACCUCUCCAGCCCCCUCCUAAUUGUUUUUGAAAAAUUAAAUUUAGAUAGCACUAUUUUUUGACAUUCACCAAAUUUAGUGAUGUCCAGUUUAUAUGUCUACUUUUACAAUUUUUGCUUAAAUCUUUUGUUUUGUGUUUGUUAAAAUUGCCAAGAAAUUUCUUUAAAAUUCUCUACAUAUUUCAUGUACCUGCUUACUGAUAGUUUCUUUCUUUGUUUGUUUGUUUGUUUGUUUGUUUCUGUCUGUCUAUCUUUCUUUCUCUUUGAGGCAUGGUCUGUGUUAUGUAGCUCUGGCUAUCCUGAUACUCACUAUAUAGAUCAGGCUGACCUGAUUUGUGCCUGCCUCUACCUCACAAGUGCUGGAUUCAAAGGUGUGCGUGGUACUUGUUUGUGUCAUUAGACAUUAAUAAAUGCUCUGUCUUAUCUUGGGAUUAUUAUCAACAUGUUAGUGGUCAGGAAUUUAAAGACGAUGAACAAAAAGUCCCUUUACAAACACGUUUUAAGUUAAGUUGCUAUUCACUUAAUAGUUACUGUAAUUCCGUUCGAUAAAGAUAAUAUAUUAAAAAUAUUGGGACCAAAAAGUGCACAUGUUUCUUGCCCACAGAUACAGAGAGAGAGAGAUGUAUACAUUUUUAUUUUGGUGUUUGUUUAUUUUGAUUACAUUGAAUAUAUGUUUUCUGAACAGUUUUAUUGUUACUUAUUUUUUUAAUAAAAGUUGUGUUAUUAAACAA